AGCUACACUGUAGGCAUUACAUUUUCAAACUUUUCUAAGCCUUGACUAUCAUGUUGAAGAAGCCAAGCAGGUGUCAGAACACCAACCAUAAGAUAAAUUGAAUAAACAUUAUAGGAAAUUGAAACCAUUGACGGCUAUGCUUUGGUCUACCACGUGAAGUAGACUUAAUGCAAACCACAUGAGCUUCUGUGAAGCCAUCGUAUGGCAGCCUUUUGAAUUUUUCUUCCAUAUUCAUUUCUAUCUGGUAUGCUUGUCAACUUCUAUGCUUCAUGCUACAAUUAGGAAAUUAGUCUGCAAAUGUCAAAAGAAUUGUAUAAAAUAUAAUCAAAAGGGUGCUUAUUCUGGUUUGAAUACAUUCUUGGCCAAUGGGUGCAAAAUAUACAUAUCGCAUUGUGCUGCAUUUGUCUGUAUAUCUAUUGUUCUACUUGCUUCAACCACAUCGUUGCCAUGCAAUUUAUAACAUAACUUCAUCCCAUGUAUUAUUUCAAAGACAAACUCUGGUCUCCCCAAGCCAAACUUUUGAGUUAGGAUUCUUCAGUCCUAAUAAUUCUGGAAACCAAUAUGUGGGCAUCUGGUACAAGCAAAUUUCACCACGAAAAGUUGUAUGGGUUGCCAACAGAAAGAAUCCCCUUGCAGCCACAGACUCUUCUGCAAGUCUAACAAUUGACAGCAAUGGAAAUCUAAAUCUUGUGGAUGGAAAGAAGAAGUCUUUCUGGUCGACUGAUGUUAGUGUAACAUCAAAUCGUUCAGUUGCGAUGCUUUUAGACGAUGGAAACUUCAUUCUUAAGGACAAUAGUUCAGGGAAAAAUUUAUGGCGGAGCUUUGAUCAUCCUGGUGAUAUAUUAUUACCCAAAUCGGAACUGCGUAUUAAUAUUAAAACUGAUCAGAGAUCUGUGCUAACUUCCUGGAAAAGUGAAACUGAUCCAUCACUUGGCAACUUCAUAGUUGGACUUGCACCGAAGACACCGCCUGAAGCUUUCAUUUGGAUUAAUGGAUCAACUCCUCAUUGGAGAAGUGGGCCAUGGGAUAAGGUGAAGUUUACUGGAAUACCUACAAUGGAUUCAUCAUAUCGAAGUGGAUUUAAAAUCAAUGAAGAUGUAGAGGAGGGAACAAUUAGUUACAGUUUUAAUUCCUACGACACCUCUUUAACCUCAAAUAUGUUCAUCUCAUCAGAAGGAGUUCUAAAGAUUUUACACAAGAUGAAAGACACAGAUUGGUAUGCUACUUGGGAGGCACCAAACGGUUCAUGUGAUGGAUAUGGGGUGUGUGGAAAUUUUGCAGUAUGCAAAACAUCUCAAUCUCCGAUUUGUAAUUGCUUGAAAGGGUUUAUACCAAAAUCACAUGAGGAGUGGAUUAAAGGAAACUGGACAGGAGGGUGCAUCAGGCAAACAGAAUUACUUUGUGAGAAAAACACUAGUAGCUCUGCUUCAACUGGAGGAAAAAAGGAUGGGUUUUGGAAGAAGAGCAUGUUAAAACUUCCUGAUUUUUAUGAAUAUAUGCAGUCUUAUAUAGCUGACGACUGCUAUGCAUGGUGCCGGAGUAAUUGUUCAUGCCUAGCUUAUGCAUUUGUUAGUGGCAUAGGGUGUUUGGUGUGGUCAAAAGACCUUAUUGAUAUUCAGGAGUUUUCCUUCGGUGGGGAAGAUCUUUUUCUUCGCCUUGCACAUUCAGAACUAGCUGGGGGACAACAAACCAAGAACAUCAUCAUCAGUCUCGCAGUAAUCAGUACAAGUUUCAUAUUAGCUGCCGUAUUUUUCGCUUGGUACAGGUGGACAACUAACAAAAAGGGAAACAUUAUGGAUGCCACAGAAAACAUUGACAUGAUAGAAACAAGGAACGCUCUUCAAAGUGAAAAACCGCAUGAUCCAUCUGAACAUGCUAUUUUUGACUUUGAUUACAUAUCAGCUGUGACAAAUAACUUCAGCAUGUCAAACAAACUUGGGCAAGGAGGAUUCGGUCCUGUUUAUAAGGGUAAACUACAUGAUGGGAAGGAGAUAGCAGUUAAAAGGCUCUCUAGUAACUCAGGACAAGGUGCAGAAGAGUUCAUGAAUGAGAUGAUUUUGAUCUCAAAACUCCAGCACAGAAAUCUAGUUAGGCUCUUUGGUUGCUGCAUAUACGAGGAAGAGAAGUUACUAAUUUAUGAAUUCAUGCCAAACAAGAGCCUGGAUAUCUUUCUCUUUGAUCCCAGGAGAAGAUCAGAGCUUAAUUGGUCUAGACGCUUCAACAUUAUUUGUGGUGUUGCUAAAGGUCUUCUAUAUCUCCAUCGUGAUUCAUACCUGAGGGUAAUACAUAGAGAUUUGAAGGCCAGUAAUAUUCUAUUGGAUGAGAACAUGAACCCUAAAAUAUCAGAUUUUGGAUUGGCACGUAUUUUUCAAGGGACAUUAGAUCUUGCUGAUACUCAUAGGGUUGUGGGAACACUUGGCUAUAUGUCGCCAGAAUAUGCAAUGGGUGGAAUAUUUUCCGAGAAAUCAGAUGUAUAUAGCUUUGGAGUCUUGCUGUUAGAGAUAGUUAGUGGCAAGAAGAAUAACAACUUCCAUUAUCGUGACGAACAGCUAAGCCUAAUAGCUCAUGCAUGGAAACUAUGGAGUGAAUGCAGAGCAUUGGAUUUAAUGGAUGAAACUUUGGCAGACUCAUAUUCUUCAUCAGAAGUAGUGAGAUGCCUAGAUGUUGGCCUUCUUUGUACACAGGACAAUCCGUUGGAUAGACCAACCAUGCCAGAAGUAGUGCUCAUGCUAAGCAAUGAAACAGAUCGUCCCAAACCCAAAGAACCUUUGUUUUAUUUCCAAAGGGCAUUAAAAUAUGACCCUAAACCACCAAGUGAUGUGAAAUCCUCCACAAAUGAAGCUACGAUGACGAUGAUUGAGGGCCGCUAAAAUACUUCAUUUUUUGCUCUUCAGAGUUCAGAAUGCAAUGAUUUCUUGUCAUGUCCACUUGUAUUUUGGCAGCAAUGUUUUUCUUCAAUCACUUUUGUUUUAUUGUUAUAAAAGUUCAUUAAUUUCCACGAUUCAGCAGCAGAAUAGGUGCCUCUUCUUUCAUACAUUAGCAUGUCUUGAAGACUAGCAAAAGUGGUAUGGAUGCUGGAAAGGCAUUCAUUAAAUCACAAUUCCUGAUUUAAUUGAGGUUGGAAAUUGGAAUAAUCUUUAUAA